CGGUUCGGAUUUAGGAUUCCGGAUUUUAUGUCCAUGCCUAGUUGGAACCAAAAAAAUCUUGUUAAUGGUGUCAAACCCGACUCUGGAAAUGCUCAAACACUUUGAACUGAAUUUGAAACACACAAUUUUGAAAAAUAAGUGUAUUAAAUAUUAAUUUUAAAACUUUAAUGGGCUUUUUAGGGUUUGAAAAUUUGAAUGCGAACAAGACCGCCAAUUUUAUCAUGUUCACACUGUCUAGUUCCAUCGAAACUCGUAACCCUAAUUUUCAAAAAAAUCCUCUUUCAUACUGUUUCUCCGUAGUUGAUAAAUCAACAUUUCUCCAAAUCCAGCUCAGGGUCAUUAUAAUAAUUCUCUUCCUCUCCCUCUUUCCUUAAGAAAAUCUCAGUAUAUUCCCCGGAGACAUCAUCAGUUUUAUCUGAUUAGGAUGGAUCCUUACACAGAAACUGGAUCAGUGAAUUUUGAUUCAUCCUUGUGGCCACAUGCUUCUAAGUCAUUACCAGAACUCUUAACAGAGAUAUGUCAGAAAGCCCAAAGAAUGCUCAAACUGGUGAAAGAUGGUCAACCUGAGUCAACGGAUAUUUUUCUUACCUUGUAUCAGUCUCUUGGUGAGUCUUACAACCAUAUGAACCAAGAGCUCCUCAACGGCUUCCUCAACUUUGGUUUUAAACCUUCAUCUUCAGACAAAAACAGUGUCUCAUUUGCGGAUUUGAGUUCCUUUGUAUCUCAUAGCUCUCCUUCUCUGGAGUUUGAUUUGGUGUCAGGACUCUCCUACUCAUCUCUUAAGCUGAAUGAUGAGGCUGAGAAGAAGGACCAGUCUGCAUAUAUGCUUGCUGAUUUCUUCAGUGACGAGCUUAGGACUGCACUGAGAGAUCUAGAAGAGAGAAACAGACUGGUGGGCGAGUUAGAGAGCAAGCUAUCUGAUUCAAGCAACAAAAUCAUGACUUUAGAACGAGAGCUCGAUGAGUGCCAUGAGCUUCUAGAGGUAUCAGAAGUCGAGGUUUCGAAGCUGAAUGAAAUGUUGAGUAAACGCAAGACCGAGAAAGCCGACGAUGGUGGUGCUGACUUGUUGUUAAAUACCCUGAGAGCAGAGCUGAGGUCAAGAGAUGUUCAGAUCGAGCAAAUGGAGGAGUAUUUGAACCAGGUGUGUGUCAAAGACACUGAGCUUCUGUCUGAUGAUGAGUCCGGAACCAACAAGAGUGUCGUGGAAGAAUUGAAAAGUAGAGUUGAAGAGCUGGAGAAUCAAGUGGAGAAGCAGAGUGAUGUGAUAUCAGAAAGAGAGGAAGAGAAACGGGAAGCUAUAAGAGAGCUCUGUUUCUCUCUUGAUCAUUACAAGAGCAGAUACACUGAACUUGUAAUAUCACUUUCAGGCAAUAACUAACAAGGUUUCUAUUAAUAUCUAAUCUCAUAAUAUAAAAGUCGCAUUUAGCU